AUGCUCGGACAAAACCAUGUGCGCGCGGCCGGGCUCAAGCACCUCGUCGCCGCCUUCAUGACGUCCCGCGUGUCCCUCACGACGCUUGAGAUUGGGCUCAACGAAAUCGACUCGGCCGGCGCGCUUGCGCUUGCCGAAGCGCUGCACAUCUCGGACAACACGCUCGAGAACCUCUACAUGGACAACAACCCGAUCGGUGACGUGGGCGCGAGCGCGCUCGGCGUCUGCAUCGCCAACUCGUCGACGCUGCGGGUCGUGGACCUCAGCUACUGCAACUUGUCGCUGCUCGGGCUCCGCGACGUGAGCCUCGGGCUUCGCAAGUCGACGUCGCUCAUGGGCCUCCUCGUCGAAGGCCACGACUGGUCGUCCACCAAGUACAUGGUCCGCCCGCCGCCCAACAUUACCGCGCUCUCGAAAGCCGACGCGCUUCAGUAUGCAGCCAAGUGCAUCAUCACCGCGAUGCACAUGAACCCGGCGCUGCCGCUGUGUAAGCUCACGGGCAUCAACCUCGGGUACGCGGCCGACAUUGAGCGGUACCCGGUCACGUUGCCCGAGCCGCUCGAACUCGCGGCGUCGCAUGCGGUCUGCGCCCUCAACGAGGCCGUUCUCGACUGCAUCCGCGCCCAGGAAGCGUCCCCCGACGAAGGCCAAACACAGCUCGCGCAGCAGCAGCAACAGCAGCUGCAAGAACAGGAGGCCGCGCACACGGCGUACAUCCUCACCGAGUCGCGCAAAGUGCUCGCCAAGAUUGCGGCCCUGCACUUUGACGCGGACGAGCUGCAAGCGCUGUGCCAAUACUACUGCCCCGAUCUCAUUUGCGAGGGCGCCGAGGAGCCCAGCACGAAGCGACGGCGACUCUCGCUGGAGCUCGCGCCCGACAAUGUGCAUGUGACGCGCCUCGCCAUCUACCCGCGCGUCGAGCGGCGCCUGCUACACGUGGUUCGGGACGACGUGACUGCCGAAGUCAAGCAAGAAGUGCUCACGGUGCUCCGGCAGCUGCACUAUCUCGUCAAGUCGCUCCACUCGGUGGACCACUCGGUCGAGCUCAUCGAGACGUUGCUGGGAGACGACGCCGGUCGUAGUUGA